GGAAUGUCCAGUCGUUGCUCAAACGUGGCCACAGGAAGGUGUCCUUCUACUCUCUCUCUCUUCCUUGGUUCUUGUGUCACACGCCCCUUCCUCCCUUCGCAUACUGUUUUAUUUCGAAGGUUUGGAGGGAGGGCGAGAAGGAAUUAUAUACUAGAAAAGAGUGAGGGAAAGAUAUGAGAUUCGUGUGCGGAGAAUAAAGGGAUAAUUUUUUUUUUUCGUCUUCAAGAGACAGAGAAGUUUUGGUAGAAGGAUGGUGUCAGUGUGGAAGUGGUAAGGAAGAUCUGAUAAUGUGGCAUUACCUGACCGUCAUGUUGCUGUACGUUAGCGGCACCUGAUAAAGGUUAAAAUGCCUUUCAAGUUGCGUCUGAAGAAGACCCGACAGUACAAUGUGGUCUCCCGCAACGUGCUGGUCAUCAGUGUCGAGCUGCUCGACAAGACCACGCUUGAGUGUACAUUAUCUGCUGACUCGACAGGCCAAGACUGCCUGCGCAAUGUCUGCCAGAGGUUGUCUCUUCAUCAGCACGAAUUCUUUGGGCUGCGUUACAUGAGCAAGAAGCCGUACCCGAAAGUUCGAUGGGUUGAGCUUGACCGUCCACUAAAGAAGCAGCUAGACAAGUAUGCCCAGUCUCCCAACCUUGCCUUGGCUGUUUUGUACUAUAUCCAUGAUGUCUCACUCCUGCAAGAUGAUGUCACAAGAUCCCAUUACUUCUUACAAGUCAAGCAGGACGUACUGGAGGGCAAACUGCGGUGCAACCACGAGCAGGCUGUCCUCCUGGCAUCCUACAGUCUCCAAGCUGAGUUUGGGGACCACCAGCCAGACCGACAUACAGCUGAAUACCUCAAGGAUUUCAUGCUGUUCCCCAAGCAGGUGGUUAGCGAAGGUGAAGUGGCGGCACUCCUGGAGGCCGUUGUGUGGCAGUAUUCCUCCCUCCAGAGCCUUGCGCAGGCCCUGGCUGAGACGUACUACAUCCUAGAGGCUCAGAGACUCGAUGGCUACGGUCAGGAAACCUUUAUGGCACGGGAUGAACGUGGCAGUGAGGUGUACCUGGGGACCUCUCUCAUCGGCAUUGUGGUACGGCCAGCCUCAGGACACACGCAGUUCUUUUACAGAUGGAAUGACAUCACCAAUUUAGUGAACAACAAACGAACAUUUGGCAUUGAGUGCCAGCGCACAGAUGAGACGGUUCACUUCACUUUUGAUGAGCCAGAUGCAGCCAAAUAUGUGUGGAAAAUGUGUGUCAAGCAGCACACGUUUUACAAGCGAAAGCAGGAGAUGCUUGAGGGCAGCUCAGCUGCAGAAACACGCAGCCUAGCUAUCCCAGACCUGCAGAGCUCUGUGAUGACAGCGCAACUCCACCACUCACAGCACCUUAAUGCCUCGCAUGAAAUGGUGGAUGGUAGAGGAGGUAUGGGGGAGCUGACAAUGCAGAGCUCGGGGGACCAGGGAGCCAUGACCACCUAUUCAAAUACGCUGCCGCAGUUCGAGCUCUCCUAUAUACAGCAAUCUGGUGAUGCUGGGGGUCAUCUUAGCAGUGCCCUUGAGUCCUCCAGCUCUCAGAUGAUCAGCGACCCUUCUUAUGGGAUGCUGUCACAGUCGGCGUACUCCCUCAACUCCCUCCAUCACCCACAAAACCCGGUUGUACUGGCUUCCCAUGGCCAGGUUUCACAGACGUCAGCCAUGCAGCAGCAGCAGCAGUCGCAACAGCAGCCACCCCCACAACAGCCACAACCACAGCCUCCUCAGCAGCAGCAAACACAGCCAAGCCAACAGCAACACCAUGAUGCAACUGGUCAGCAAGUGGCUCUGUAUUCUUCCAAUCUCAGUCUUCCUUCCACGAGAGGCAGUUUCAGAAGAACACUUCUCCCGCAGUAUCGACCUGCUCCCGACUACGAACAAGCUCUAGUACAAAAAUAUGGGCCUGGGGUCAAUCCAGCCAACAUCCGUGCCACAAUGCUCUACUCAUCCCAGCCCGAGAUCUCAAACAGACAUGUGUUGGAAGGCCCCACUCAGGAAUCCAGCGGUGUGGGGACCUACAGCCAUUACAAAGGUUACACUGACCUGUCCAUGUACCCAGACCCCCCCAUGCCACACCUGAGUAGGUCGGCAGGAAUACUCAUGCCUGGUCCACUGCACAACACCUACAGCACCCCAGAGUUGGCCACCCCCUCUAGUAGUGGGGAUAUCGUAGAGGGCGGCGGCGAAGGCGGUCGAGACGUGGCCCAGGAUCAGCACCUCCUGCAUGUGCUCAAGCCCCCCCCUCCGUACCCUUACAGCAAACCCUCCAGCAACAGUACGCCAGACUUGGCCUCCACCAAUCAGGUUGGGAGCUCAAGCCCAGACUUAGCAUCAAGAAGGCGAGCAUUGCUGACAGCCUCCUUGGGGUGUUUGGGAUCCCCAGGCCUCUCCCGAACCUACGAAAACCUUGCUGACAUCAGUGAAGCAGUGGAGAGUCUGCGCAACGACCUAACUCGUACAACAGAGACAGGCAGCUCAUUCUUACAUUCUUUCAGUCACAACUACUCGCGUGAUGACCUGGAUGCCAUUUACCAACUGAGCAAUGGCCAUGUAGCCCUAGGGACGAAUCUGAAUCUAAACCCCAUAUUUGCAGCAGAGGCACAAGGCCAACCCUCACAGCAGGGGCAAGGUGCAAGGCCACACUACGCUGGUGCAGGGCACUAUCCUCAGCAGUUUGGGGGCCAAUACCCAGACCCUCCACAGUAUCCAUCUGGGGCAGUGCAAGGCUCCCAGGAACCCAUCUACCAGAACAUUUCCGCCCUCAGGACAGAGGAAGGCAGAGAGCGUGCUCGGUCGGCACCAGAGAUAGAUAAUAACCCAAUAGGUGUUGUGGCAGCAAGCCAGGCUGGCCAUCUGCUAGGACAGUUGCCUGGGGAGGAGGCCCAAGGGGGACGGGGCAGGGCACUCUCACAACCUGUUAGGCAGACAGCCAUUGAGCCGCAGUUGUACAUUGAGAGUCGACUGGGUGAGCAGCAGCAACAGCAGCAGCGGGGACCCAUAGAGGCAAUCAAUACUGCUAUGGGACAGAUCCCAGUGUUCAGUGCACAGCAGGAAGUCAGACACAACCAUCACCACCUCCACCUACAGCAGCAGAUGCAAGCUCUCUCUCUACAACAACAGCAACAGCAGCAGCUUCAUCACCAGCUACAGCUACAGCAGCAGAAGGAACAACAGCUGCAGCAGCAGCUACAGAUCCAACAAAAGAAGGAACAGCAACAGCAGCUGCAACUCCAGGUGGCUCAGCAACAGCAACAACAAAGUCAGGCAGCUAAUCUUCAUUUACAGCAUCAACAACAGCAACUACAACAGCAGGUCAAGCAGCAGCAACAGAGACAGCAGCAGCAGGCUCAGGAACAGCAAAGGCAGCAACAAGUUAUAGAGCAGCAAAGGCAAUUGCAGCAACAGAAACACCUACAACAGCAACAGCAGCAGCAGCAGCAGCAGCAAUCAGCACAACCAACACUUCAGCAGCAGCAGCAGUUAAGACAGCAGCAGCAGUCACAGACUAUGGUUGCCAAGCAGCAGGUGAAGCAGAGUGGGGCAGUUGCCCAGCUGGAUUCAGUAAGUGAGGGGGCCAGGCUUACCCCAAGGAAGAAAUGGGGCGCUCCAGCCACAGGUCCUGUAAUGCUGGCAGGCCAGGCUGAGCCUGCCAUGGGUGCUGCAAAGGCUGUGGCUGAGUCCUAUCCUGCGGGGCAUGGAGAGCCCUCUGCCAAAGCACAGGCUUCUUCCCUGACACCAGAUGUAUUGCGAGGAACAGCCACACCAUCGCAGGGACGGCCAAAGGAUCCCAGGGCAGUGCAGCUUGAAAACAAGUUGUUUGGCGUCGACAUUUUGCAAGAAUUUGAAUCCCUUCCCCGAGUGAAGCCCAAUGCAGACUUUGCAACAGCCCAGAAGUCAGACAAUAUUCCUCGCAACCGCUACAAAGACAUUGUACCCUAUGAAGAAAACAGAGUAAGGAUUACACCAUCCAAGGAGAACAAAAGUGGUUAUAUCAAUGCAUCACACAUCACUGCAAGUGUAGGUGAGAGCCAGCGCUUCUACUUGUGUGCACAGGGUCCCCUUGCCAACACAGUAACUCAUUUCUGGCAAUGUGUAUGGGAGGCAGAUGUGCAUGUUGUGGUGAUGCUGACUUCAGUUACAGGCGACACAAACACCAGCAAGAGCUUCCCAUACUGGCCUCAGAUGGACAACACAAGUGUUGAGUGUGGGGAGUAUCGUGUGUUCCGUAAACACAGCACCGUGACAGGGUCCCAUGUCACUAGCCGUCUGCAGUUAAUUCACGCCCCCACACGCAAGACUCGCACUAUAUGGCACCUGCAGUUUACUGACUGGGCUGAUCAUGGCUGUCCUGAAGAUGUGCAAGGAUUCAUCUGCUUCCUGGAGGAGCUGUCAACACUACGAAGAUAUUCAUACAAUGAGGUCCGUGGAGUUGGCAGGAACCGAAACACCCCAGUCUUGGUGCACUGUUCAGCAGGUGUAGGGAGAUCAGGAGUCACCAUCUUGUGUGACCUCCUGCUUGAGGCAGCUGAUCAUAAUCUCCCUCUCGAUCCACCAAAGGUUCUACACCACUUACGGCAGCAGAGGAUGGCCCUUGUACAGACCAUUGCCCAGUACAAGUUUGUCUACCAGGUCCUCAUUGCCUACCUGAAUCGUGCCAGGCUCAUCUAGACUGCAAUGAGUGUGAUGCCAUCCUAGAAAGUGCGAUUGAAAGAGCCAGUGAUUCUUAUUUUGUUUUAAAUAGGCAUAAAUUUCUAAUCCCUUGUGUGCUGGGAGUAAAGUGACAUCCAUAUUAGAUAUGGUAAAUUAAGCAGUAGGAACAGAUAAACGUAUAGUGGCAUAUGUUGCUGUUCAUAGGUGCUAGUACAUGGACAGAUUAAGGGUCUUUUCUUCUGAUGCCAUUGCCAGAGGUUAAUCCUUUGAAUGAACUUGUGAAGAGUGAAUUUAGACUUGUGACUGACAUUUUAAUUACUGCAGUUUGGUUGUUUUAAACAGCCAUUCUGCCACAAUAGCAUCCCCACCUUCUAUAUUUUAUACUGUCUUUAUUAAUGGUCUAUGUGUGUGUAUAUAUAUGUGAAACUGUGCAGCUUGACCAAAGGCAGUAAAGAUGUGAAUUUCUAGAAGUUGAAAAAAGUGCCGAAAAUGCCUUUGCUAAAAGUACAGAAGAAUAGUUUUACAUAAUCAUUGGUGCUUUUAUCAAGUAGCAGACUGAUAUGCAAACCAGCUGGUUUGCUAAGCUCUUUUUGAAGUAAGAUUUUCAUUCUUCCAAGUAUACCAGAAGUAAAUAGAGUGAGAAAAUUUGAAGAAAAGAAUGCAACUUUAUUAUGCUGUGGCAUGGUGAUUGCAUCCUGUGUGCUUACUGCAAUCAGGUUUAGAGAGUUGCUGUAUAAUUUUGGCUUUUACAUGAUAUCAUUCUUUUACUUCUAAUAGUAUUUCUUUGUAUGUGUUCAUUAUUUAUGUUUAUUUUAGAGUUGAGGGAAUGUGAUUGCAAGAUUGAGUAAAUGAGAGAGAGAGAGAGCGAGAGCGAGAGCGAGAGUGAGAGUGAGAGCGAGCAAUAUAUUAGUUCCAAUAGAGCAAUAAAAAUUUCCAGUCAUCCUCAGCAGAAAAGAUAUAAAACUGAAAGUCCUAAAAAAAGUGAACAAAGAGAAUAAAUGCAUUAUUCAUGUAUUUCAAUCUGUAUAUAUAUCUGAACACAUGCCUAAACACACACACCAUUAUUGACACACACAAAAGACCUCCAUUGCAUAGAUUGGACAAAGUCAUAAAAGAACCACAGAACAGCUUCAGCCCAUAAGCAGUGGACCCCAGGAGACUGGCCAAAAGAUAGCAAAGGAAGGUUACAUUGACUUGCAUUUCUUUAUCAUAUAUUGGUUGUGAAGGAAUAAGUGUUUAUAGAGUCACAUGAUACAUGUCUUACUACAGUUGUGUGUAUACAUAAUAGAAAUAGAAAGAAAAGUAGAAUGAAUUUCACUGACAAUUUGGAUGAUCAAUGAAGAUUUCAGUUAAAGUAUGUUCAUUUUUUGUUUAUUUAUUUAUUUAUUUAUUUUUUCUCUCUUAUUUUGUAUCUGAAGUUUGAUAAGGUACUGUAUGUUGCAUGUGUGCCUGUGUGUAUAUGUCUGUUUGGUUUAUGUCUAAGCUAAUGUAAAACUAUUGUUAUGACGGCAGUCUAACUCACCACCUCUUUUCUGUCAUAGAGUGUUGUUCAUUACUGAACACAUUGUAUAAAAUUUUGUACAUAUGUAUUUUUCUUGAGAUGUUACUCAAUUCUGAUCUUUGUGUAUGCAUAAUGCAUGCACCCAUGCAUUUGUACAUGCAUGUAUAAAUGUAUACAUACAUAUACAGUAUAUGUAGACUUGUACAUAUAUUGUAUACAUGUAAAUAUAUUCACAUGGAUGUACCUGUGUAAACCUUCAUGUAUAACCCAUUUUUAAAGAAUGAGGAAAUAUGCCAGUGACUUCUUGUUAUGCUUGUGUAUGACUGCCAUAGCUUUGUUUGUUAUGGGAAUUGGACAAACAUCUGUGGUUAAGGUUGCUAUCUGAGAAAUUUCAGAAGUUUGGCAUUGGUCAGAACUCAUAAAGCAGCUCAGAGUGCAAGAAAUGGAGACCCGUGGCAUUGCAUUGCAUUUGUGCUAGUGGUUUUCUGUUUGGUUCAUCAGCUAAUGGCAUUUAAGUAAGUUGUUUUGGCUUUGUUGAAUUGUUUUCAUUUAUUUAUUUACCUAAUAUUCAACCUUAGGGCAUUUACUCUUCCAAACAAUAUUUGGAGUAGAGACAGUGAUAGUGUUACUGAAGUCUGUGUAUGCAAUAUUUCUUUCUUACAACUUCUCAUAUUUUUACACUGGCAGUUACUCUUUAAAGUGUGUUGAGUAUUAUAAUUAUUAUUUUAACAGAAAAUGUUAUAGUUGAAAUAUUACUCUUUGUGGUGUGAUUUUUGAAAAUCCAAUACUUAAGACCUACACAGGAGAUGGGCCUAGGCUCAUUAUGAAAAAAAAAAUUAUGUAUAUGUAUGUUUGCUUUUUACAAUUACGAGGGUGAUCCAUAGAAUUGCCAUAUGGCCAUUUUUUUCAUAAAUGGGAACAACUUGUUUAUUACUCUAUUGACAAUCACUCAGCUUCUAGUACUUAAAAAUUUCCUCAAGUUUUUACACAUUCUAAAAAUUAUGUCUUCCAAAACCAGCAAUCAGAGUAAUACAUACCAUCAGGGUCAAAGAAGAAUUAUUGUUAAUCUUUUAGCUGUACCUGUGGACUCAAAAGAAUUUCGUUCCUCGUUUACCCUAAAAAAUAGAUAAUAUUGUGUAAUUUUUAAGCUGUUUGAAAACUAUUCAUUAAAUAAAGAUAGUGAUGUGGGAGAACAAUAACAUCAAAAAGAUGCAAAGGGAGGUGGGGGUAAUAGAGGAGGAACAUGAGCAAUUUUGGUCACAAAGUCCAGAAUACAGAUUGGGAGCCAUUUGGUACUGAGGUCGAUGCUCAUCUGGGGAAGAGUUGUGAAUACCCUUGUGUGUGUUUUCAUUCAUGCUUCCAUACCGAAAAAUCCUUUACCGGACGUCUUUCAAGGUCAGUCUUGCCACUGACAGGCUUAUGCUUAUGUCACUAACUCCACUCCUGCCAACUGUUUUGGCAUUACAAUUGUUUUUUGAACAUUGUACCUAUGAAUAUAUAUACAAGAGUGUAAAUUUAUGACAGUGCUUGAUAUAAAGGCCAGCACUGUUUGGUGUAUUUAUAUAUUUCUCUAAAAAAAGUGCCAUGUAUAUUGGGAAGUUUUAAAUAAUUGUUUUUUAAGA